UGGGCGGGGCUGGGGGGGGGCGAGUGUCCGGCCCCGCCCCGGCCCCGCCCCGCUCCGGAGCCGCCUGGACGCAGGGAGGAGGGCGGCUGGGCCGGAGCUGCCCGCGGCGCUGCGCUCCUGCACGCUCCGGGCCGGCCCCUGCAGGUGCCAUGACUCAGCCGCUCCAGGACGGCUUCGACAGGAGCGUGGAGGACGCCCGGGAGUGGAUGAAGGCCGUGCAGGAGCGACUGCAGGUCAACGACAACACCCAGGGGCCCCGGGCGGCCCUGGAGGCCAGGCUGCGGGAGACUGAGAAACUAUGCCAGCUGGAGCCGGAGGGGCGCGUGAAGGUGGAUCUGGUUUUGCGGGCGGCUGAAGCCCUCCUGGCGUGUUGCCAUGAGGCCCAGAAGCCGGAGAUCCUGGCCCAGCUGAAGGACAUCAAAGCGCAGUGGGAGGAGACAGUCACCUACAUGACUCACUGUCACAGCCGCAUCGAGUGGGUGUGGCUGCACUGGAACGAGUACCUGCUGGCCCGAGAUGAGUUCUACCACUGGUUCCAGAAGAUGACGGUGGUGCUGGAGGCGCCCGUGGAGCUGCAGGUGGGCCUGAAGGAGAAGCAGUGGCAGCUGAGCCACGCCCAGGUGCUACUGCACAACGUGGACAACCAGGCGGUGCUCCUGGACCGGCUGCUGGAGGAGGCGGCCUCCCUGUUCAACAGGAUCGGGGACCCCAGCGUGGACGAAGAUGCCCAGAAGAGGAUGAGGGCCGAGUACGGUGCGGUGAAGGCCAAAGCCCAGGACAGAGUGAAUCUGCUGGAGCAGAUGACCCGCGAGCAUGAGCGUUUCCAGGCGGGUGUGGACGAGUUCCAGCUGUGGCUGAAGGCGGUGGUGGAGAAGGUGAGCGGCUGCCUGGGACGGAGCUGCAAACUGUCUGCCCAGCACCGUCUCCGCACGUUGCAGGACAUCGCUGAUGAUUUUCCCCGGGGUGAGAAGUCCUUGAGGAGGCUGGAGGAACAGGCUGUGGGCAUCAUCGAGAACACCUCUCCCCUGGGUGCGGAGAGGAUCACCGAGGAGCUGGAAGACAUGCGCAGAGUUCUGGAGAAGCUUCGCGUCCUCUGGGAAGAGGAAAAGGAGCGGCUACAGGGCCUGCUCACGUCCAUGGGAGCCUGUGAGCAGCAGCGGCAGCAGCUGGAGGCCGAGCUGGGAGAGUUCAGGAAGGACCUCCAGAGGCUGGCCGAGGAGGGCCUGGAGCCCGCAGCGAAGGCGGAGACCGAGGACGAGCUGGUGGCCCGCUGGAGACUCUACUCGGCAAUGCGGACAGCCCUGGCCGCCGAAGAGCCCCGGGUGGCCCGGCUGCAGGCCCAGCUGAAGGAGCUCAUCGCCUUCCCCCAUGACCUGCAGCCGCUCUCCAACAGCGUGGUCGCUGCCCUCCAGGAGUUCCAGAGCAUGAAAGGGAAGAGCGCCAGGCUUCGCAAUGCCACAGGGCUGGAGCUGUGGCAGCGUUUCCAGCGGCCUCUGCAGGACCUGCAGCUGUGGAGGGCCCUGGCCCAGAGGCUCCUGGAUGUCACCACCAGCCUGCCAGACCUGCCCUCCAUUCACACCUUCCUGCCCCAGAUCGAGGCGGCCCUGGCGGAAAGUUCCCGCUUGAAGGAGCAGCUGACGGUGCCGCAGCUGAAGAAGGACUUGCUGAGGAGCGUGUUCGGCCAGGACAGAGCGACGGCCCUCCUGGAGCAGGUGGCGAGCUCCGUGCGGGACCGGGACCUGGUGCACAACAGCCUCCUGCAGAGGAAGAGCAAGCUGCAGAGCUUGCUGGCCCAGCACAAAGAUUUUGGGGCAGCUUUUAAGCCCCUGCAGAAGAAGCUCUCGGACCUCCAAGGCAGGGUCCACGCUGAGAAUGGGUUUCAGCAGGACCUUCCUGGGAAACAGGCCCAGCUCUCGAGGCUGCAGGGGCUGCAGGAAGAAGGGCUGGACCUAGGGGCACAGAUGGAGACCAUGAGGCCUCUCGCCCAAGGGAACCCCAGCCACCAGCACAAAAUGGACCAGCUUUCCACGGACUACCAGGCCCUGCAGAGGUCUCUGGAGGACCUCACGGACAGGUGUCAGCAGAGCGUGCGGGAACAUUGCACCUUCCGCCACGAGCUGCUGGAGCUGAGGCAGUGGGUCGCCACGGUCACUCAGAAGCUGGAGUCACUCCAGGAGGAUGCAGGCCCGUGGGACGCCCAGUCCCGAGAGGUCGAAGUCGAGAAGCUGCUGGCUGAAUUCCCGGAGAAGGAGGCCCAGCUGCCCCUGGUCGAAGCGCACGGCCGGCUGGUAAUGCAGAAGUCUUCUCCGGAGGGGGCUGCCGUGGUCCAGCAGGAGCUGGAGGAGCUGGUGGCGUCGUGGCAGGCCCUGAGGCGGCUGGAGGAAAGCCUGUUGAGCCUCAUCGGAAACCGGCAGCUGCAGAGGACGGAAGUGGAUUCAGGGAAGAAAAUGAUUUUCACCAACAACAUCCCAAAGGCCGGGUUUCUCAUCGAUCCCAUGGAUCCGGUUUCCAGGCGUCCCCGUCAGGCACAUCGGCUCCAGGAAGAAGGCAGCCACGAAGGCUUCUCCCAGCUCCUGAGGGACUUUGAGCAGUGGUUGGAGGUGGAAAAUGCCAAGCUGGUUAGAGUCAUCGCGAUGAGAACAGCCACCGCCAAGGAUCUGAAGACCAGGGAAAUGAAGCUGCAGGAGCUGGAGGCUCGGGUGCCAGAAGGUCAGCAUCUCUUCGAGAACCUCCUCCAUCUCAGGCUGGCAAGGGGGACCUCCAGCGAGCUGGAGGACGUGCGUUACCAGUGGAUGCUGUACAAAUCCAAGCUCAAGGACUCUGGCUACCUGCUGACACAGAGUUCUCCAGGGGAGCCAACUGGAUUCCAAAAGAUGGCGCGGUGGCCGGGGCGGUGGCGAGGACUCUGCUCACUCUUCCAGAAGGCGUGCCGCGUGGCGCUCCCGCUGCAGCUGCUGCUCCUGCUUUUACUGCUGCUGCUCUUCCUGCUCCCGGUCGGGGAGGAGCACCGCGGCUGCGCCGCGGCCAACACCUUCGCCCGCUCCUUCAGGCUCAUGCUCCGCUACAGCGGCCCGCCGCCCACCUAACCCGCCGGGGACGCGGGAGCCGCCGCGGAGGCUGCGGAGGGAGGCGCGGCUGCCUCGGUAUACAUACCACAUACCGUAUUAACUAACGGUCCCCAAAGAAACCCACUUUUUAUACGGUGUUGUCCUCGUCUAUUUAUACGAGAGGGGAACUAUGUAUGACUAGGGAAUGAUGGACAGAGUUUUUAUACCCUAUGUAGAUGCUCGGUCUGUUCCGUUUCAUCUGUGAUGUCUCUUUGUGGGGGAGGAGGACUUCCUAGCAGUUUGCGUGUCCAGUGGGAUUGGGUGGCAUUUUUGCCUUGGUCUGUAAUCCACCCCCCGCCCCGCCCCCGCUGGAAAGCGGGAGCAAAUAACAUGUCACUUAUGGCCACCACUUGCCCAGAAGCCAAGCCCCAAGCCCACAUAUCCGUGAGAAGGCCCCUGAGCAAAGCAACCCAGGCCAUCACUCGGCGCCCAGGUACUCCAGCUUUAGGCACAGUGAGGACAAAGGACAGCCGGUUAGAUGCCGUGGGUUGGAAGCAGAGAUGAUGAUUAUCGAAGGCGGGCCUGGUGACAGCAGUGACAAGUGACAAGUGAUGGAGUGAUAUCAAGUAAGGAAAAGAAGAGCUCGAACGAGCAGACCCAGCAGUAAAACAGCACACAAUGGGGGCUCCGUGGGAGGGGGGGGAGCACUACUCACCCCCCAGCCUCAGCACAGAGCCAUGGUGGAGGUCGCUGGCCAGAGGCCGAUCCGCAAGCACGCUGAGCUGGGGCUCCACGUGUUCUGUGCCAGGAGAAGGGAAGGAGAGAACCUUCGUCGCUGUGGUCUUCAUGCAGAAUGACGAAUGCACAGUGUGCAGCACCGCCGGGAAGAGGUGUCACUUCUGCUGCCCUCUGGCUGUUGUGUCACGGAUCUACAACUGGAGCCGAAGGGCCAGCAGGGGAGCCAUCAGCACUCCAGGCACCAGGGAUCGAGGGCCCAGGACAGAGAUCAGAGAAGGACCUUGGAGCUGAGUCUGUCUGCGGGGCUCUGCUGCUUCCUUCCCCGACAAGGGACUUGAGAGAGAGGCGGGUCUUCUGGGCCCAGAGUGUCCCACACGUGUCCUCACAAGGGGCCAUGGCCCAGGCCGCCCCAAACCCCAAACGAGGCUCCCUCUGGGCAGGACUAGGCUGUUAAUCUCCCUGCACCCCCUGGGGAGGAGCCAGGGAACACUCUGCUGGGCCCUGAAGCCAGAAACAUGUCCCUUCCUCCCCAGAGAAUUCUGGAUGGCUCCUAAGUGCAUUAUAACUGGAUCAUGUUUUUCCUAAAUCAACACUAAGUGUCCUUCUGGAAAACGCCUAGUGCCCAUUUUUUGCAAACUGAUUUUGUCUGUUCUCCUCUAGUAGGAGACCAAGAGGGGUCCUGCAGGCCUUCAGGAUUGCAACUGACCACGACCCCAAGCCCCGCCCCACAGCCCUCCUACACACACGGCCCCUCCCCUCUCCAGCGGCCCCGGCGGAACCCAGGCCUCCCUGAACAUUCACAGGCAGGAAAACGGCACUGCUCAGAAGAGGUCUUGGUUUGCACUCGAAAAGCACACUGUUCUCCAGGUAUCAGGAAACCGGGCCCCAAGACCAUUCGCCGCGGACCACUGCCGUGGAAAAUCAGGGCUGAGCGAGCCAAGGCCUUGGGUGCAGGUGGCCGAGCCCGGGUGCUCACUGGGUGGUGUGGGUCCGGCACUGGAAGGUCAGACUGUGGAGGCCGUGCCUUUGAGCAGCCUCCAUUCCCACUCUCCCAUGUCGCAGGCGGGGAGGCUGAGGCCCGGAGGAGCAGCGAGGGCGGCUGUGUCCCCUGUGGCCCACAUCGGGGAGGGGGACCUGCAGUGUGCAGGCUGGCCAGGGGGAGGAUGGGGGGGGAACGUCUGCAUAUUUUGUAAACUUUGAUAAGGAGGCCAUAGAGCCUGCUUGUUGGCAUCACUUUUUUUUAAAAGAGAAUUGAUAUUUUCAUUACUUUCCUAUAAAUACAGUUGUGAAAUAACAGCUCCCUUGCUGGGGCUUCUCAAGUGUAA